AUGGUUGCUGAAACAAAAUUAUACGAUGUUCUUGGUGUCUCUCCAAAUGCCACAGACAGUGAAAUUAAAAAAGCAUACAGAAAAUUAGCUUUGAAAUACCAUCCAGAUAAGAAUCCAUCAGAAGAAGCGGCUGAAAAAUUCAAGGAAGCCUCCUCCGCCUACGAAGUGUUAUCUGAUCCAGAAAAGAGAGACCUAUAUGAUCAAUUUGGUUCCCAAGGUUUGAAUGGUGGUGCCGGUGGUAUGGGUGGUGGUUUUGGCUUUGGUGAAGAUAUUUUCUCUCAAUUCUUUGGUGGUGCUGGUGCUCAAAGAACUCGUGGUCCACAACGUGGUCGUGAUAUUAGGCAUGAAAUCAAAGUUACUUUAGAAGAGUUGUAUAAGGGUAAGACAUCCAAAUUGGCAUUGAACAAGCAAAUUCUUUGUAAAACCUGUGAAGGUCGUGGAGGUAAGAAAGGUGCUGUCAAGAAAUGUUCUUCUUGUAAUGGUCAAGGUAUCAAGUUCGUCACCAGACAAAUGGGUCCAAUGAUUCAAAGAUUCCAAACCGAGUGUGAUGUUUGUCAUGGUUCUGGUGACAUCAUCAAUGAAAAGGAUAAGUGUAAAACAUGUAAUGGUAAGAAAGUUGAUCACGAAAGAAAGAUCUUGGAAGUUCACGUUAAUCCAGGUAUGAGAAAUGGAGAAAAAGUUGUCUUUAAAGGUGAAGCCGAUCAAGCACCAGAUGUUAUCCCAGGUGAUGUUGUCUUUGUUAUUCAUGAAUUACCUCACAAAUUAUUCCAGAGAUCUGGGGAUAACUUGAUUUAUCACGCUGAGAUCGAUUUAUUAACUGCUCUUGCUGGUGGCUCAUUCAUGAUUCCUCAUGUCUCUGGUGAUUGGUUAAAGGUUGAUAUCGUUGCUGGUGAAGUCAUUGCACCAGACUCCCAUAAAGUCAUCGAUGGUAAAGGUAUGCCAAUACCUAAAUAUGGUGGUUUCGGUAACUUAAUCAUCAAAUUUAGCGUUAAAUUCCCAGGUAACCAUUUCACAGAUGAGGACACAUUAAAGAAAUUAGAAGAUAUCUUGCCAAAGAGACCCGAGUUGCCAAAGGUUCCAGCCGACGUACAUGUUGAAGAAUGUGUUCUAUCUGAAUAUGAUUCAAGUAAAUAUGAAAGCCGUGGUAGUGGCCGCGCAGGUCAAAGCUAUGAUUCAGAUGACGAAGGCCAUGCCCAUGGAGGUGAAGGUGUUCAAUGUGCUUCUCAAUAA